AUGAGCUCGAGUGCGACGCCCAUUGGCAACCAUGCCGACAGCCACAACCCAGCUACAUCGGCCACUGGGAGCCUAGACACUGGCUUGCCGACCGUUGCUGGCGGUGCGCCUGCGCGAUUGUACAUGAACGAGAAGAUCGUACCGUACUUGCUGGAAGGGAUGAAGAACGUGGCGAGAGACCAACCGCCAAACCCGUUAAAAGUGCUUGGGGAGUUUCUUAUUCAGAAGAGCAACGAGCUCGAGCAAGGACAAAAUAGCGCGCAAUAG